AUGCUCUUUUAAAAUUAUCAAAAAAACUAAAAUCCUAAAUUAAAUGAGUAAAUAUUAACACCAAUUAAUUAAUUUUGGUAUAUUGAGAUGAUAGCUCGGCCUGAUUUAAUAAUUUCUACAAAUACACCUGAGUUUGAAUAUUUAAUAUCCUUGCUACUAUGCAUAAUUUUUAAUAUGAUUCCAUUGUUUUUAUUUAUUGAAUUGAAACGGAAGAAUAAAACGAAAAAAAGAGCAAACAUAUUUUUGCCUUAUUUAAAUCUAAGUUCAAUAAUUUUUUAACUUCAACCAAUUUAUUUAUAGAUUCCUUUAUGUUCCAUAUGCUUUAAAUCACUGCAAUUUAAUUUUAAUUCAAAUAUCAAUAUUGAGACUAGUUAUUUAAAUAUAGUGUUUGCUAUAAUCACAUUAUUUUUGUUAUGCUCAUUAAAUUUUUUGACUUUUCUUCUUUGUAGAGAAUCAAUAGAUUUUGAUUUAAAUGCUUUUUUGACAUUAAAAUUGAGUUUCAUAGAUUUUGUCAUAUGGAUUACAUGUUUUUUUUAAAUUAUUGCAUAUUAUCAUUUGCAGAAAUUUAAUGAAUCUAUUUAAGCAAUAUUACUAUUAUUCAAUUCAUUAAUGAUACUUGUAAACACUUUUAAUCUAAUAACUUGUUUAAAUUAUAUAAUAAUAGUUUCUAUUACAAUUGCUUCCUAUCAAUUUAUUCAAUCAAUUUUAAUAUUAAUAAAUCUUUAAUUAAAUAUAUCAACACAUAUUAAUAUACUACUUUAUAUUUUAGUACCCCUUCUGAAUUAUAUACUAAUAAAAGUUUAUCAUUCAUAUGAUUUUCAAAUUUCAACCAAUACAAUAAAAAUUUCAAUCAUUCAUUGCAAAUAUAUACUUUCUAAAUUUUUUAAUGAUGAAUUUACUUCAUAUACAUAGAAAAUUGUAAUAUAUGCUAAAAUCUAAUAAUUAUAUUAAUAAAAGAAAAAUCUUGAACCUAUUGCAUAACUUCCAUUAAAAUGUAUAAAUCAAGAAUUUAUGUCUAAGGAAUUGAUUAAUUUUUAUUAUAAGACUCUUGCUAAAUAAUACUUAUGUGAAUUACAAAAAACAAAUAGUAAAUCAAGAAAUGCCAAUCAUUAUAUUCAUUACGCAUCAAUUUUAUUUAAAAUUGGAUUAAACAAUUUAUCACUUAAACAAAUAAAUAUAUUAUUGUUUAAUUAAAACUUUAAUAAACAUAGUCGAUCUUUAGCGAAAGAAAAUUAAAGUGAUCAUAUGAAAUCACUUAAUACAAUACAAUAAGGAGCAAAAUCAUCUUAUAGUAGAUCAUCUAAAUCUUAAGAAGUUUAAGAGGCAGGAAAUCAUCAGAUAAAUAAAACAAAUAAAAUGUUAGCAACUACUGGAAAUAAUAUAUUAACUUUUUAUUAGAAGGUUAGAUUGUAUAUUUUAAGGGAAAAAGUUAGAGAUAAAUUAAAAUAAUCAUUUUUAUAUAGAGAAAUAGUAGGAGAUUCUUUUGGAUUAUAAAAUGCAAUAGAGAUAUUUUUAAAGAGUGAGAGAAGAAAUCAAAUUCUUAAAGAUCAAGUACUUAAUUUAGUUAAUUCUAAAUUACAAUUUUUUAUUUAAUUAUAAUAGGUUAAAUAAAUUAAAUUAUCACAAUUAUUUAAAGUAUCAAAAGAAUUGUGUUUGAAAAUUCAAUCACUUGAAAUUAAAUUGUUAAAGCUAUACAAAUAUUUUCCAAGUCAACGAAUAUAAUCUCUUUAUACAUAUUGUUAAGGAGAACUCUUUAAUAAUUAUUUAGAUGCUCAUAAGAUCACUUGUAAUACAUCCAUAUCAGAUGAAAAGUUAAAUAAUUUACAUAAUAAUACAGAUGGCUGUUAAUUUACUUUAUUUAAUAAAGAUUUAGUUUAUUUAAAUAUCAAUCUAAUAGAUGAAACUUAAGAAUUAUUAAUACAAAAUAUAACACCUAGAGUUUGUUAAUUUUUUUAAAAAACAUAUGAUGAUUUUAAACUUAAUAAUUCAAUAGAUAUACUACUUCCAACAGCUAUUAAGGAAUAGCAUUUUCUUUUAGUGUAAAGAUUCUUAUAAACUUCAGUUUCAAAAUUUUACUUAAAAAAAAGCUUAAAUUUUUAUAAAAUUUAAAAUGAAAUCAUUAAACCAUGUGAAUUCUUUUUUGAAGUCAAUUUUAGUGAUAUUAAUUAAAUUUAAUUUUUGGCUUUUUUUUAUGAAAAUUUUUAAACUUCAGCUUAUUUAAUGGUUGAUGUUAAUUACUAAUUAGGCGGAAUUACAUAAAAUUUAUUGGACAAAUUAGGAUACACAAAUUAUUAUUUAGAAAAUAUAAAAUGGCAAUAUAUAAAUUAAGUACCAAUAGAAUUAUUAAUUCCUAAUUUUACAUAGAUUUCUAACAAAUAAGAAAUAUUAAAUGUAAGUGAAUUUAAAUUUUUAAAAUAAUCAAUUCUUUUGAAUCCAUUUAGUUAAAAUGGAUAUUAAAAUUACUCUAAAGGCAAUUUUGUAGAAUGGUAAAAUCCUGAAAGCCUUAUACAUUGUGAAAGUUUAAUAUAAAUACAUUAAAGAGAAUUAUUUGGUUUUUUAUAUUUUAUUGUAGAAAUAAAGGAAUUAAAGACAGAAAUAACAUAUAAAACUAUAGAUAAGGAUUUCAAUUCUAUAGAUUAAGCAUUUUCUUAUGUUUCAGAUUAAGAAGCAAUAAUAAAUUCACCAUGUGUAUUAAAAAUAGAUAAGUAGAAAUUUGAAGUUUUUAAUAGAGAUUUAAAUUAAUUUAUAGUUUAAGGUGAUAAUGAUAAAUGGCAAUAAUUUUAUUAACCAGAUUUAGCUCAUUAUGAAAUUAAUUUAAUGAGUCCAAUGGAUUUAAGUAUGAAUCCAAUGGCUUUAAAUUCAGCAAAUCCUUUAUUAAGAAUUAGGUAAUAAGAGUUUUUUAGUAGUAUGGUAGGUGAUUAAUAAAAUGUAGCUAAUUCUUUUUCAUCUAAAAAUCAUUUGGGUUAAGGUUUUGAAAUAUAAUAAGAGGAUUAAAAUAAUAAAUAAUAAAUUAGAAUCAAAGGAGAAGAUACUAAUUCAUCUUCAUAUGGAGGUGCUAAAAAGUCUAAAUUUUUUAAAAAAUAUCAAAUGUAUUCUUAAGUUAUAGCAUAACAUAAUCCAAAACAAUUAAGAUUACUCAUAAUAUUAUUAGUUUGCUAAUUUUUAUUUGGUUGUAUACAUUUUUUAAUCAUAAUGAUUAAAAAUUAAGCUGAUUUAAACUAAUUUAUAUCUGAAAUAGAUAUGAUUGAAUUACAUAGUAGUUUUAUGGCACCCCAUGAUAUUUUUGUAUCAAUGAGACUUGCCAUCAUUUCUUAUAAUUCUUAUGUUACUGAAGGUGUUAUUAAUUAAACUUAAGCUACAGUACUUACUCAACCAUUUUAUGAUAAUAUUUAUAUAGGAUAUUCUGAAAUAAAAGAAAUCUUUAUUAAAUAAUUAACAAAUUAAAAUUUAUAACCUUUUUUUGAAAAUAAAACUAUAGAUAUGGUUUUUAUGAAUGCUAAUACAAGUGAUGUUUAUAAUAAAACAUUGAAUAUUCGUGAAGCCUUCUAAUAAAUUAUCUAAAAUUUAUACUAAUAUAAAUAUAGAUAUGAAAAUCGUAUGAGUACUUCAGGAAGUGCAAUCUAAGUUUUUGGAGUAGCUAAUCAAUUUUAUUUACAUAGCUGGUUAGAAAUCUUAACAAUAGAAAUUCUAGAAUAUUCUAAAUAUCGAAGUGAAUCGAUAAAAUAGGAUUGGACUGUAAUUUGGAUUGUUUUCAUUUUGAUUACAAUUAUAUUAACUAUGAGUGAAAUCUAUUAUUAUAGAUAAUACAAUUAAAGAUAUGAUAAAUAUUUAGGAAUUUUUAAAUUUUGCAAUUAGAACAAACUGUAAUACGAAAUAGAUAGAUACAAAAUAAUGUAAAGAUCUUUACAAAAGAAUGCAGAUUAAAUAUUUCUAUAUAACUUUGAUUUAAAUUAAAAGGAAUCUUAAUUAAUUACAUAAGCUAAAAUUUAGGAUGCUUUGAGUAAGAAAAACAAAGAUUAAUAAAGAAAUAUAUAAAUUUCUUAUGAAUAAGUAUCAAUAAUAAUGGGAUCAUCUUUAAUGAUGGGAGUUUGGAUGAUUUUUUUUGGAAUAAGUAUAAUAAUUUUUUAAGGUUAAAUGACAUACUUAAAUAAGUAUUCUGAUACAGUUGACAUAUAUAAGUUGAUUUAGGAUAUGACAUAUUCAUCUGCAACAUUAUAUCAAAAUAGAGAAUAUCAUUUUAUAUUUUAAAACUUUACCUAUUUAACUAAGAAAGAUGAAGAAUAAAUAUUUAAUCUGAUAUAUUCUGGAAUAGAGAAUAUAGAGAAAUUUAAUAAAUUAUGUACUUCUUUUGAUUAGAAUGCUUACUAAGUAAAUGAUGACUUUGUUUCUUUUUUUAAUAAAAUCCAAAAAGACUCAGUAUGUGAUAUUCUUACUAUAGAAUAAUUGUCUUUUUUGAAAGAUUUUUGUCCAAUAUCAAUUUAAGGGAAUUAUUUAAAGGGAGUAAUUGCAGCGUUAAAUUUUAUUAAAAAUUAAAUUUAGACAUAGAUAGUAGUAAAUAAUUUUACUAAGAGAUUGGAACAUCCAUUUUAUGAUAAUGAAGCAGGGAUUAUAAUGGUAAGAGUAUUUUAAUUGAUGACAUAGAAAUUAAAAUCAAGCAUGUUAGGUGUAACUAAUGAUUUAUAGAACAUCUCUUUAGUAAAAUUACAUAUUUAAAUUAGGUAUUGUCUACAAUAUAUUUAAUUUUUGCAUUAUUAUCAAUUUUAAUAUUAAUAUUGGGAUUGAGAAAGUAUUUAGAGAUUGAAUUUAAUAUAGUAAAAAGAUUCAUUUAAUUGUUACCAACAACAAUUACUCUAUUAGAAGAUCAAUUUGAAAGAUAUAUGAGAGUUUUGUUAGUGGAAGAAAGUGUAUGAUUUUGUUUAGUAAUUCUAUUUUUAUAAAAUAAUUAAUUUUAACAAUGUACCUAAUAUCUAAAUUAAGCAAAGUUAAUAAAUCUUAAGAAGAUAUUGCAGCUAUUUAAGAUUAUAUGAGUUAAUUACCAUAAUUUCAUGCUCCUUAUGAAAUACUUAAAGAGGUAUAAAUAUAUUUAUAUAGCUAUGUUAUAGUAUGAAUUAUAAAUCAUUCAAGCAUGGUGAACAUGUAAAUAAUAAAAGUGAAUAUGCUUACUUUAUUCUUAAAGGAUAAAUAUUAGCAGAUAAUGGUGAUACAUUUGGUGUUGAUGUAUGGUACGAUUUAGAUUAUUCAUUCUAUGUAGUGGUACUAAUUCUGUUUUACAAAGAUCGAUACACAUUGUAUUAUAGUACCUAUUAACACUUACAAAAACUUUAAUCAUACUCAUGGAUCUAAUUUUCAAUAUCGCAAAAAUAUUUUAUUAUAAAAUAUUACAUCUAUCGAUAAAAUUAACUCUAGCAAAAUCUAAGAAAAACUUAUUAGAACUUUUACAGAAACAACUCUUUCAGCCGGAAACAUUAUUUAUAAGUAGAAUGAAUCUGCAUAAUAUCUUUAUGUACUCUCAGAAGGAGUUUUAUAAAUCUCUCGAUUUUAUGAAAAAAAAAUGACUUAAUAUGAAAAAUAAGUUUUACCUAAAAAAUAUUGGCAAACUGAAAUUAAUAUAUGUUAACUUACUAAUUCAGGUGUUAUUGGAGAAGAACUUCUCUAUUAAGAUCUUGCAUUUUAUAAUGUUAAAAUUAUAUCUAAAAUUGCAGUCUUAUAAAUGAUUUCAAUUAAAUAAUUAAAGAAUUUUUUAAAUAUUAGUGUUGUCAUUUAAUCAUUAUAAGAUUUAUUUCAUGAUAAACAUAUUUAAAGAGAAGAAAUCUUUAAUUAAUAAUGUGAAGAAAUGGAAAAAAAUUGGUAAUCUACUUCUAAAUAACAGAUUAUUAAUUCAGAAAUUAAAAAAACUAUAAGUUUUAAAGUUCUCAAAUCUACUUCUGAAAAAUAAUAAUAAACUAACAAUACUACUAUUAAUAUUACUAAAAUAAAUAUUAGUAAUACUCCUAAGAAUUAAGAUGAAGAAUUGGCUGAAUUUUAAAGAACCAAAAGCCCUGUUAAAAAAAUUCCUAAUUUUAUUUAACAAUACUUUAAAUAAAAAUAAUUAGAAUCUAAUAAAAAAACUAAUGAAAUAACACUACAGUAAUUCAUUUAAAGACAACAACAUUACAAUAAUCCAUACUAAUUAUUUGAGAAAGUGCAUGAUCCACUUAAUUAUAUUUAGAAAGGAUCUAAUUAUAAAAGACAACAAUUUUCAGUGUUAAUUUAACAUGGAAUUGUCAAAAUAAAGAACCCUUAAAUUCCUAAAUAACCAAAACGCCCCAUUACAUCAUAUCUUGGAGAUGAACCAAGUACAAAUAAUAACAACAACAAUGAUAAUUCUCAAUAACAACCAACAAGAUUAUUAAUAAAGAGUGUACAUACUCCAAAACCAAUUGUGGGUUCUUUAAAAAAAUUUUAUAGAAGUUAGUCAGCCCAUAAAAAUAAAGGAUUCUCUUUAUUAGGAAAAUCGUAUUAAUAAUAAUCAAGUAAAAUAAAUAUUGAUAAUAUUAGGUCCAAGAGAUAAUAUGUUUUACCUAAGAAGUAAUUCAAGCCACAAUUUUAAAUUAAGUCUUAACAAAUCCUCAAAUUAAAGCUAAUAAUUACAAGUUUGUUAUACAGACAAAAAAAUACAAUGCGAAGAAUCAUUAUUGUGA